GUUCAUCACAAUUUUAGAGUUAUUGCGAUUUGUUUACAACUUUUUCGCUUUAAAUAUUUUUUCUUUUUAAUCCCAAAAACGAAAAUUUUCAAUCCAAUCAACUGAAAAUGUCCCAAAAUCUGGAUGAAUGGAUUACUAAUAUCAACAAAAUGAAUAUUAAGCGUAGUGAAAUCAAUUUAUUAAUCAUGGAAUAUCUCAUUUCCGAAGGUUGUAAAGAAGCGGCCGAAAGUUUCAAGACCGAAGCUAACAUUGAAUUUGAUAUGAAUGAAAAUGAAGAAACCGAAGAGCAAAUUGAUCGAAGAAUAGCGGUUCGCAGUGCAAUUGAAAGUGGAAAAAUCCAGACAGCAUUAGAAUUGAUUAAUAGCUAUUAUCCCGAAUUGAUUGAUAACCAUAGACAUCUUUAUUUUAAAUUACAGCAACAACAAUUGAUUGAAUUGAUACGAGAACACGAAGUGGAAAAGGCAUUACAGUUUGCACAAGGACAACUCGGUGUCGAUAAUGGCUAUCUACAUUUGAAUGAACUUGAGCGAACACUAUCAUUGUUGGCAUUUGAAAAUCCUGAAAAUUCUCCUUAUGCUGAUUUAUUACAGCCGGCACAUCGACAACAUUUAGCAUCUAGGAUCAAUGAAGCAUUGCUUAAGGAUCAAACUGGUCACAGUGAAACUCCUACACCUAAAUUGGUUACAUUGCUCAAAUUAUUGCCAUACACACAAAAUGAAUUGGAAACAAAAAAAGUUAAAUUCAUCAAACUUGUCGAUCUACCACAGGGAACCUUUGCUCCAAGUGGCAAUUAGGAAAAAAUGAAGGAAUUUAUUAUAAAAAUAUUAAUUUUAUCAUGUGAAACAAUGCAUCAUAAAUUUUGUGUUUGAAUGAUUAGAAAUAUU